GCCGCCGCCUGCGCUGCGGGGCUGGAUUUGAGCCGGGCCCGCCGCUCGCAGACCCGGACUCGGGCUGGAGCAACGCCCCCCCCACCCCCGUGCCGAGGCGCCCCCACCUUCCAACUCCGCGGGCGAUGCAUCCGGCUCUGGACGCAGGCAAGGUGUCGGGAAUCCGGGUUCUCCCAGAGGACGGAGGCGGUGACUAGCGUGGGCCAGGUUUCUAGUCUCCCCUUCUGAUGAAAAUAGAACAGAAGAAUGGACUACAGUCACCAAACCUCUCUAGUCCCGUGUGGACAAGAUAAAUACAUCUCCAAGAAUGAACUUCUCCUGCAUCUGAAGACCUACAAUUUGUACUACGAAGGCCAGAAUUUGCAGCUCCGACACCGAGAGGAGGAAGAUGAGUUCAUCGUGGAGGGGCUGCUGAACAUCUCCUGGGGGCUGCGCCGGCCCAUCCGUCUGCAGAUGCAGGAUGACAACGAGCGCAUUCGCCCUCCACCAUCCUCUUCUUCCUGGCACUCUGGCUGUAACUUGGGGGCUCAGGGCACCAUCCUGAAGCCCCUCACCAUGCCCAACAUUCAGAUCUCAGAAGUGGACGCCCCGCCCGAGAAUGAGCAGACACCGAGCCCCACAGACUCCAGGGGCCUCAAGCCCCUGCAGGAAGACACCCCACAGCUGAUGCGCACACGCAGUGAUGUUGGGGUGCGUCGCCGUGGCAACGUGAGGACGCCCAGUGACCAGAGGCGAAUCAGACGCCACCGCUUCUCCAUCAAUGGCCAUUUCUACAACCACAAGACAUCGGUGUUCACGCCGGCCUAUGGCUCGGUCACUAACGUCCGCAUCAACAGCACCAUGACCACCCCACAGGUCCUGAAGCUGCUGCUCAACAAAUUCAAGAUCGAGAAUUCCGCAGAGGAGUUUGCUUUGUAUGUGGUCCAUACCAGCGGUGAGAAACAGAAGCUAAAGAACACCGAUUACCCUCUGGUUGCCCGAAUCCUCCAGGGACCGUGUGAGCAAGUCUCCAAAGUGUUUCUUAUGGAGAAGGACCAGGUGGAGGAAGUCACCUACGAUGUGGCCCAGUACAUAAAGUUUGAGAUGCCCGUCCUAAAAAGCUUCAUCCAGAAGCUCCAAGAGGAAGAAGAUCGGGAAGUCAAGAAGCUGAUGCGCAAGUACACCGUGCUCCGGCUAAUGAUCCGGCAGAGGCUGGAGGAGAUGGCCGAGACCCCAGCAACAAUCUGAGCCACACGGAGGAGGGGAUCCAGACACCACAGGGGCCGCCGCUGACACGAGAAGACGCACAGGAAGCUGGGUACCUUCCUUCCAUGGAAACAUGUAGAUACAGACCUCUCCAGCUCCCGCCGAGAGCCACCAUCUGUUGCCCGGAGCAGAAUGGAGAAGCCUGCAGACAACUCCCCAUCCCUGGAUCCCCACGCUCCACUCCUUUCUUUCCCUCACAAGGACUUCUGAAUUUUGUUAUAAGGACCCAAAAUGUGUGUGUGUGCACGCACAUGAGCACACGCAUGCACAUGUAAGCGUGUUUGCACACAUGGUACAUAUCCACGUGCCUACCUGAUAUUCACAUGGAACUGAAUUCCGAGCCACCAGCACCAGCGCCAUGGGGGCUUGCAGGUGCACUGCUCGAGGGCAGGAACAUCAGAGGAGUCACCGAUCUGAGGGGUUGAAGUUGAUGUCUUCCCUCAAGGGCCAGGGAGCAGCCACACAUGUUUGGAAGGGAAGGGGACUCCGCGAGCUCUCCAUUUGGGGUAUUUAUAUAUCGGUGGGGAUUCUCCCUGUACAUCUAGAAGGACUGGGCAUUGGAAAUUAACAAACUAACAGCCCCAUGCCCUUGGGGAAGGUUGGAUGGAAAGAGAAAGAUAAAUCAUCUGUGGGGUAGAUGCAAUAAGCCCACAAGUUUUUACACUGGAAACUCUGAUUGUUUAAAAUAACAAAGACGUAUGUGAUCUAUGUGGAUUCUGCCUCUGUCCUCACCUCCAUGGCCAUGUCUAGGAGACAGGAGAGGAGCCUGAUGUUUCACUCAGCAUGCCAACCCCACGCCAUGGAAGCCAGCCCCAACUCUUUGGUGCCUCCUUGAGUUGAAGGAAGGGUGUCAUGGGUUUAUACAUGGCCGACUGGCUAGUGUGGCCUGGGCCUGGCCUUGUCCUGGGGUGGUGGCCAGAGUUUCCCUCUUUAGAGAACCACAGAAGCUCCUUGCAGAAGUGACAGAUGCCUGGGAGGCCAGCCCAUUUCCCAUCAUCAAGGCCCCUCCUGCACUUGGAGCUGAGGCCAUGUGUUUGAGGUCAAGACUUUCUCCUUUCCAACCACAGGAUUCUUUCAAGUUGCCCUUCGCUCAUGCACGGAGAUGGACUCCAAUUAUGAGGAUGACCCUUCUACUGGCCGAGUGUGGGGCUCAGGGAAGCUCUUUGGGCUUCCCUGUGAAGGUGCAUAGGGAGGGUGGAGCUUCUCUUUCAGCUUCUCUGAGCAGCCACCUGGGUGAUCUUUAGAACAGAUCCCAGUGGGGGGAAAGGGUGGGACAGUCUGUCCCCUGUGGCUCCUGUCAGGAAGACCGCUGGGUAGCUGGGCACCAGUGUGGCUGAUAACAGUUUGAAGAAGGACAGAUGCUUGGAGCAGGGUGCAUGGCAGGUAGGCAGGAGAGGCUGGUUGGGCUUCUCCCGGGGCCUCAGGGAGCCGGCUGAGGGCCCGGAGCUCCUAACAGCAGGUGUCUCAGCCUUGAUGAGGGAGGGUCUCCCCAUCUCUUCACCUCCUCUCCAAGAAAGGUUUGGGGAGCUGGGCAGUUGGUGGAAGGAGGGCCAUUGGCCGGUGUCCGCAAGGAAGAUGGAUGUUUGCAGUGAAGCCGUUCCUGCCCCCUCCUGCCUCCUGUUCCCCUCUGUGGCUUCCGUGGCCUCUUUAGAGGGCUCGCAGCUGUGGUCUUAUUGUUGACUUUCACAAAGAUGGCGUUUUGCCACCUGGCAUUUUGCCGGGGGUCUCUUAGCAAGGCGACCUCCUCUGCGGGGACAGUGCCACCAGCCCUAUGGGGCGUGGACUGGAAAUCCGGAGGCUUUAGUCUCAAUCAUACACCUCGGUGGGCCGCUGCAAAAUGCACAGAAAAGCCGGGGGCAGGGGGGAGAGGCUUCCUUUGUUACAGAUGGGAAAGAGCGGGUUUGUGAAUGCAAACACACUUCCUGAGUUUUGCAUUUGAGAUGACUUAAGAAACUUCUCUUCCAGUUGCUUUUAUUUUGAAUGUUCAAAGCCUGUGUUGACCCCAGUCAUUCUCCCUGGUGGGCUAGGCAGAAAAAUUUCCACAGAGCAAAUUACUAACCACUAACUUGUUGGACAGCGAUUUCUCAUUUAUAAAAGUUCUCUUUGAUUUGCACUAGCAUUACGAUAGUUUAAAUAUGGAAAUGUUGCAAGACGUUAGGUUUGCCAGCUUCCUUUCUGAGAAAGUGAUACUAAGGUAGACCUGGCUUCUUAAAGAUUGUGGGGGGGCGGUCAGGGUAGAAGUCAGGGGAAAUCACAUCUUACAGGAUGCAUCCCACUUACCGUGGGCCCUACUUUUCCAUUUUGGCCCACCCUGUUUAGAGAUCGUCUCUCACGUCCUAGUAGCCCGAUCAGGAAUUUUGGAAAGGUCCUUUGAAAUAACAGCGCCUGAAACAGAGACACUUCUCUGCAGUGUGGAGCCGGAUUUUCUCACUGGUAUCACAUGGCUUUGCAGCUUUGAAUUCCUCUACUGAUUUGUGUGGGUUUUUGUAAUUGCGUGCAAUGAACCUGAAAUCGUGUGAAGAACAAAAGGCCAAUUUAUAGGUUUUUUUUCCUAACUUGUGAAAAGCAGGAUAGCCACAUCUGACUUUCUUUUUCUAGGGGCUUUUGUUACAAGGUGAUCAAAUGAAGGAAAAACCUGAGUCCAUAUGGCUGGGAAGGGGGUCCGUUCCCCCAGGUGAUGGUGGAAUUAAGCACAAGGUCACAUUUUCAGUGAUCACAUGAGUGGGCAGGUGAUGAGUUAAAUGGGGGGGGUAUCUUGGGGAGGGACUGAGAAGCACAAACAGCAAGCUUGCCUAUGCGGGCUGGUGAGGAAUGUGUGCACUGGGCUCUAGGCCGAUGGACUUGAAUUCUAAGUGAGGUUGAGGAAGGGAGGAGCUCAGAUUAGCCACCCACCUGUGAGAAAAACGCUGGGACCAAAAGCUGAGGUUUUGGUCUGAGACUUCAAGGAGAAAUAUUUGCACCCUUCCCUCCUCCCUACCAGAAAGAAAACAAUACUUUCUCCUGGAGACAGAUAAAGGCAUCUUAACACCAUUGUAGGUAAGACUUUGAAAUAAAACGACACACACACAAAUCUGUUUUCUGAUGCAAAACAUCUUGGCACAGAUUCUUUUCUGCAGGGUUGGGUGGUUAUUUCAGAGUCAGGAGCAAAGAGGAGCGAUGGGUCCCAGUAGGGCAAGAAACUCUCUUAAGAAAAGCUCUCUUCCCCCCACCCCCACCAAAAAACAAAACAAAACAAAACAAAACAAAACAAAACCCGCCAAGCUCCAUAGCAUGGAGAAUAUGAUGUCAUAGAUAUAUCGCCAAGAGAGAAAUUUUCUAUAAGCGAGGAAAUUUCAGGGUCUCGGGGCCAAACCGUGAUGUGGGGGCUGAGAUAGCAAGCAGGGGAGGUCUCCAGCAUCCUUGAGGCCGCAGCACACAUUUUUGAGUUGCUACUUAAGUUGUUUGACACAAAGUCUUGCUUGAGUCAGGUGAGAUGAGAAAUGAUCUCUGAGAGAGAGGCAGAGAUACAGAUGAAUGUGGCACCCCCUUCUUUCAGGCAGAACUGAAAGCGUUUACCCUGCCACGGGAGGUUACAGCGCCCCCUGUGUUUGAACCAAGCACAAGAUGUGGACAAGCUGGGAAGGGAAAGCCUCAGUUUGCCCUUGGAGCCUUCCCUGCUUCCCAGGCUGAUGACUUCUGGUGUGCUACUGCUAGUGUUUCUUCAGGUUUUCCCCACUUGUGUUAGCUUUGUGAAGUAUUAUUUUCUUCAUCAUAACUUGCCUUCAACAAUGGUACAUGACCUGGUUCAAUGUUUGGUUCUGAACUUGUAAACGGACACAUCUGGGUAUCAUAACAUAAUUUGACAAGGCCUCAGGAGGGAGCCAUAAAUGUCUGUAACAUUUUGAUAUGUUUUAAUGCACCCAACUUAGAUCGUGUUGAAAUAAAGCACUUUUCAAAGAGAA